CGUGGGUUUAAGUGACGUACUUCCGGUCUGCGGUGACUUCCUGCUUCUCUGCGGAACUUUUUCCUGUUUCUCACCAGGAGAAGUUUUUAAAAGAUAACACCCGACAAACUGCUCCACUUUAUGGGACACACGUUAGCAGCAGCAGCAGCGGAGACACUCGGGACUUUAUGAUCUGACACAGAAAGAGGACAUCUUCCAGGAGCUUCCAGAUCCUGAAUCAUGGAGGACCAAAACAGACCUCAGCGUAAAAUGUCGACGGCAGGAGAAAGCCUUUAUAAGAUCCUUGAUUUGAAGAAAGGAGCGUCGCCAGAGGAACUAAAGAAAGCGUACAGGAAACUGGCGUUGAGGCAUCAUCCGGAUAAGAACCCAGACAACCCAGAGGCUGCGGACAAAUUCAAGGAAAUCAACAACGCCAACUCCAUCCUCAGCGAUGAGAACAAACGGAAGAUCUACGAUGAGUACGGCUCGAUGGGACUCUACGUCGCCGAGCAGUUUGGGGACGAGAGCGUCAAAUAUUACUUCCUCAUGUCCAAGUGCUGGUUCAAGGGCCUGGUGGUCUGCUGCGGGAUCUUCACCUGCUGCUGCUGCUUCUGCUGCUGCUGCUUCUGUUGUGGGAAAUGCAAGACGAGCGAAGAACAGGAAAACUUCGCCUAUGUGGACCCUGAAGACCUGGAGGCGGAGAUCAGGAAUCAGGACGCAGCGGCAGACCAUGUAAUAAUUAUUCAGCCGAGCGCUGGCACUUCAGAAACAGUCGUCAACUCCGCAGGUGAAAAUGCACCCAUCGUGAUUCAGCCUCACGCCACGAACGGCAUCAAGUGAUUGGACGAAACCCCGACCAUCAGCGACCGCUUUAGAGAGAUUUUUAGUGGUGAUAUUGUGCCAUAUUUUUCCUUUUUUUUAAACUACCAGUGGGUUUGUCUUUGGUCCCAUCUCCUGUCGGACUUCAGGGACGAAAGCCAUGCAGAUCAAAGCUUUGGAAUAUAUUUGUCUUUGUGCACUUUAAUAUCGAAAAGCUGCCGCGACGGUCUGACGACGUUUCGGCUCAAAGACGGCCGAAAUGUUUUGAAACUUUUUAAUGCAAAAUGUUAUCUUUAAAGCCAACCACUCGAUGGGUUCUGCCACGCUGCACAUAAACACAUAUUAUAGAAAAUAGGGCUUUUUGAAAUGAUGAACAGCGUAUUGUGACAUCUGUAUGUUUGGAUGUAAAUAAAUAGUAGAAUUAACAGAGAUGCUGACGGACAAUACAGGAUUAGAUCAACAUUAUGGGAGAAACGCUUAGUCACUUUCCUUCUAAAACUUAAACAAAAUUAGGUGUUUAAUUGCUUAGUCUUUAAUUGACAACACAGCACUAUAUCCGAAAAGACAAGGGUCCAUAUUUGUGUUAUUUUCAGGCAUUACAUUAGAUAAAAAUCACCAACAAAUAAUUUUAUAAUCAUAACUUGUUUUUGAAUUAAACUGUAUUUAGAGUAACAAAAAUACACCCACAGAAUAUGGAGUAUGGAGCUGCAGUCUAGGAUGUGUUUAGCUUAGCUUAGCAUAAUGACUGGAAGUAGUAGGGAAAGUUAGCAUGGUUUUAAAACUCGCUGUCGUCACUAUAAGCAUUAAUAAUUUGAGACGCCCUGAAAAUACGUUUCUGGGAGUUUGGGUAUCUCUUGUUUUGAUUUCCAGAAUUCAACUCCCCUUAAAACCACAGUUAGAAAAAAUAGAGCCUUGCUAACUUUCCUAUUUAAUUUCCCAGUUGUUAUGCUAAGCUAAACUAGCCGUUUCUUCCUAUUGUAAGGUAGCCUACUUUUACAAAGCCAGGAUAGCGUUUCUUUCUAGUUUUCUGUCUUAAUUCGAAGCUAAGCUAGCUGUUUCUCCCUGUAUUACUGCUCUAUGCUAAGCUAGCUGUUUCUCCCUGUAUUACUGCUCUAUGCUAAGCUAGCUGUUUCUCCCUGUAUUACUGCUCUAUGCUAAGCUAAGCUAGCUGUUUCUCCCUGUAUACUGCUCUAUGCUAAGCUAGCUGUUUUCUCCCUGUAUUACUGCUCUAUGCUAAGCUAAGCUAGCUGUUUCUCCCUGUAUUACUGCUCUAUGCUAAGCUAGCUGUUUCUCCCUGUAUUACUGCUCUAUGCUAAGCUAGCUGUUUCUCCCUGUAUUACUGCUCUAUGCUAAGCUAGCUGUUUCUGCCUGUAUUACUGCUCUAUGCUAAGCUAAGCUAGCUGUUUCUCCCUGUAUUACUGCUCUAUGCUAAGCUAGCUGUUUCUCCCUGUAUUACUGCUCUAUGCUAAGCUAAGCUAGCUGUUUCUGCCUGUAUUACUGCUCUAUGCUAAGCUAAGAUAGUGCUUUUCCUUCUUUGCAGUCGUUUUGCAGACCUCGGCUACUUAUUUCUUGACUUCAGCUCCAUACCUGGGUAAAACAGACAUCUAAGGCACAUAAAUCUAAAAAAUAAAGCGUAUUUCCCUUCA